UCGAGAUAGUGACUCAGAGAGGAAGGAAGGGAAGAAUAAAAAGACCAAAAAAAUAGUCAAGUUUUGCAUAGGGAUUGUUGAGUUAAAUAAGAAAAUAAUUAUCUUGAUUUGUUUUUAGUUGAAAAAGACCAAAGCACUGAGCAGAGGCUUGUCCAUUUUCAGUUUCUUUGUCAGCAGAUUUUUGAUCAAGUUGUUUCAAUUUCGUUGGUAAAUCUAAUUCUUGAUAGAUGAUGAAGAACAUUGAAGUUCAGCAUAAUGGAGGAGUCUCCAAAUCGUCUAAUUUAUUUGCAGGGAAGGAAAGAGUUGAUGAAGCUUUGGGGGUGUUGAAAAUUGAGGACAAUGGUGAUGACACUGGAGGUGCCUAUGGAGCGGUUUGUUUUCCUGAUCGUCCUGGUGAGCCUGAUUGUAUAUACUAUUUGAGGACUGGGAAAUGUGGUUAUGGAAGUAGAUGUCGGUUCAAUCAUCCUUCAUAUUCCAGCCAGGGGCAUCAGAAUUCUGGUGUACUUCCAGAAAGGGAGGGAAAACCUGAAUGCAGGCACUAUAUAAGGACAGGUAUCUGCAAAUUUGGAUCAGCUUGUAGAUAUCAUCACCCGCAGGAUAGACAUAAUUCUGAUCCACUCUUGUUGAACAUUUGGGGGUUUCCUAUGCGUAAGGAUGAAAAGCCGUGUCCUUAUUAUAUGCGAACUAGUACGUGCAAAUUUGGAGUAAUGUGCAAGUUUGACCAUCCGCAGCCUGUAUCUGCUGCUAACGGCUUACAUGUCACAGGAUCUACUGCCUAUGGAUCUACGACCUUAGCAUUUAUGACCUCAUCUAGCAUACCCUAUGUAGGCGGAGUUUCAGAUUUAUCAAUACCAAAGACAAAUUCUAUAAUCAAUCCAUCUGUGCAAGGUUCCCAAUCUUAUAUGCCUCUUUAUCUAUCACCUUUUCAGUGUUGGAGUACAUACAUGGGAACCAUGGGUGGCUCUUCUAUUUUGGAUGAUCUUGCCGAUCAAACUUUUGGUGGUCAGAUACCUCUGUUGUCCUCAUCAUCUCACCAACCUGACAGACCUGAUCAACCUGAAUGCCAUGAUUUUGUCAAUACUGGGAGCUGCAAAUAUGGAGCAGACUGUAAGUACUAUCACCCAAGAAAUAAGGUUGCUCCAACCACAUCAAAUUUGUUAGGGCCACUUGGUCUCCCUCUACGACCUGUAAGUAUCGUUGCGUUCACAAGCAUUUUUUUUUUACCUUGAAACAGCACAGUUUUACCAGGAGCUAUAGCAUAACAGCAUGAAAAUGGGGAAUAAUGUCAUAUAUAGUACAAAUAAAAGAUUAAUGUGCAAUUGUAUGAGUGCUGCUACUCCUAAGAUAAUUUGUGAACACUUAAAUUGAAAUACAAAGGAAGUUCCGUAGGUUUGUGUGCUGCUUCAUGUAUAAUGAUUUGAGUCGCGAUCUGUAUGCCGAGCAGUAGCAUCUGUAUAUGUAAAACUUUUUGAGUGUAUGUAGCUUAAGCAUGACAGAAAUGCAGAUUUAAUUGUCUCUAUGCCUUUACAAUCUCUUAAUGGUAUGGUAGUUAGCUUAUUCUCAUUUUGAGCAGC